CGCCGCGGGGCCGCACUACAGGCCCCAGAGCGCCUGGCGCCGCCCGCCGCCCUCGCUCGCCGAGGCUGGUUCCUAUUUAAACCCAGGCAGCGAGGAAAAUGGCGGCCAGGCGCUGAGUGUGGGGGAGACGAGGGGAAAGAGACGUAGCUGAGCUUUGGCUCCUUUCCCAGGCAUUCCUGCUGGCUUCUGUUGGAGAGAGAACACUCUGCUAGGAUGUAACUUAAAAUGACUUAUGAUUCUGAAGGUCUUCUGAAAAAUAUGCUGUGCUUGAGUGUUUGCUAAGGACAAUUGCUGAUGCAUGGUAAAGAUGAGUGGACUAGGAGAAAAUUCCUUGGAUAGCUUGACCAAUGAGUCAAGGAAGCGCAAGGCGUUGCCCUGUGAUACACCAGGUGCAAGUCUGACCUGCAGUGGUGAGAAGCGUCGGCGUGAGCAGGAAAGCAAAUACAUUGAAGAGCUGGCUGAGCUGAUAUCUGCUAAUCUGAGUGACAUUGACAAUUUCAAUGUCAAACCAGACAAGUGUGCUAUUUUGAAAGAAACCGUGAGACAGAUUCGACAGAUAAAAGAGCAAGGCAAAGCAGUUUCUAAUGACGAUGACGUCCAGAAAGCUGAUGUUUCUUCUACGGGCCAAGGAGUUAUUGAUAAGGAUUCAUUGGGACCCCUGUUAUUGCAGGCAUUGGACGGUUUCCUGUUUGUUGUCAAUCGAGAUGGGAACAUAGUAUUUGUGUCAGAGAAUGUCACACAGUAUCUGCAAUACAAACAAGAGGAUCUGGUUAAUACAAGUGUCUACGGUAUCUUGCAUGAAGAGGACCGGAAGGACUUCCUUAAAAACUUACCUAAAUCUUCAGUUAAUGGAGUUUCUUGGAGCAAUGAAACACCGAGGCAGAAGAGUCAUACAUUCAAUUGCCGGAUGAUGGUGAAAACCUCUCACGAGCUUUUGGAAGAUGUGGGCAGCCACCAGGAUAUACGUCAAAGAUAUGAAACAAUGCAGUGUUUUGCUUUAUCUCAGCCAAGAGCUAUGAUGGAAGAAGGGGAAGAUUUGCAGUCCUGUAUGAUUUGUGUGGCACGUCGUAUGACAACUGCAGAAAGAGUAUUUCCAGCAAAUCCUGAGAGCUUUAUUACAAGACAUGAUCUUUCAGGCAAACUGGUCAACAUUGACACAAACUCCCUGAGGUCUUCCAUGAGACCUGGCUUUGAAGAUAUAAUUCGUCGGUGUAUCCAGAGGUUCUUAUGCCAUAAUGAUGGACAGUCAUGGUCAAACAAACGCCACUAUCAUGAAGCUUACACUCAAGGUCACGCUGAAACGCCACUCUAUCGGUUUUCCCUAGCGGACGGUACCAUAGUGACAGCGCAAACAAAGAGCAAACUGUUUCGGAAUCCUGUGACUAAUGACCGCCACGGAUUUGUCUCUACACACUUCCUUCAAAGAGAGCAAAAUGGGUAUCGGCCAAAUCCUAACUCAGUUGGGCAAAACAUCAGAACACCUGUGGCUGGAAACACGAGUUCUAUUGGUGGUCUUAUGAACAUGUCACCUGGUCAAGGCAUGGCGAUGCAGAACAGGAACUAUGGCAUGGGAGAUCCCAGUGCAGCGGGGCAGCUCACCAGCACUCGGUAUGGAGGCCCUGGUAAUAUGGGGCCAGUGAACUCUGGCCCUGGAAUGCAGUCCUCUGCUUAUCAGAACAACAGUUACGGCUUAAAUAUAAGUAGCCCACCACAUGGCAGUCCUGGUUUACCUUCCAACCAACAGAAUCUGAUGAUAUCUCCUAGGAAUCGAGGGAGUCCAAAAAUGAAUUCGCACCAGUUUUCUCCAGUCGCAGGUAUGCACUCUCCAAUGGGAUCUGCCAGCAACACCAGCAACAACACUUUCUCUAGCAGUUCUCUUAGUGCUCUUCAAGCUAUUAGUGAGGGAGUUGGAACUUCCCUUUUAUCAACACUUUCUUCACCAGGUCCAAAAUUGGAUAAUUCACCAAACAUGAGCAUGGCUCAGCAGAGUAAAACGAGUACACAGGACUCCAAAAGCCCUUCUGGGUUGUAUUGUGAACAAAAUCAAGUGGAAAGUUCCAUCUGUCAGUCAAACAGCAGGGAUCUCCUUAGUGAAAAAGAUAGUAAAGAAGGAAAUCUAGAGGCAUCUGAAAAUCAGAGAGGACCAUCUGAAAGCAAAGGGCAUAAAAAACUUCUUCAGCUGCUCACAUGCUCCUCAGAUGAAAGAGGACAUUCUACAGCAUCAAACUCGCCUUUAGACUCAAAUUGUAAAGAAUCUUCUACCAGUGUUACCAGUCCUUCAGGAGUUUCCUCCUCAACGUCUGCAGGGGUAUCCUCCUCCUCCUCAAACAUGCACGGGUCACUCCUGCAAGAGAAGCACAGGAUCCUACAUAAACUGUUGCAGAAUGGCAAUUCUCCUGCAGAGGUAGCCAAGAUCACAGCCGAAGCUACUGGCAAAGACACUUACCACGAUGCUAGUAAUCCAGCCCCCUGUGGAGAAGGGAUUGUCAAACAGGAACAACUGAGUCCAAAGAAGAAGGAAAACAAUGCUUUACUAAGAUACCUGCUAGAUAAAGAUGAUGUUAAGGACCCACUUUCCAAAGAGCUGAAGCCUAAAGUAGAAAAUGUGGAUACUAAAAUGGGGCAGUGCACUAGUUCCACAAUUCCUACUUCCAGUCAUGAAAAAGCAAUGAAAAUAAAAGCAGAACCAGCAGAGGAGAUGAGUGGUGACUUGGAUAAUUUGGAUGCAAUUCUAGGUGAUCUGACUAGUUCAGAGUUCUACAGUACUGCUAUGUCUGCAAAUGGAAAUAACCUUGGAGGAAAGCAAGCAUUGUUUCAAGGCAAUGCCUUAUUGGCAGGUAUGAGGAGUCCCCAGUCCAUGCAGGCUACUCGCCCACCUUUCAACAGAGCCAUGUCUUUAGACAGCCCCAUGGGCUCAAGUGCUCCAGCGAGGAACGUCAACACCUUCUCCAUGUUACAGAAGCAAAACUUGAUGGGUGGAAGUCCAAGGAUGAUGGAAACCCAGGAAAAUUUUGGAGCAAAUCUGGCAAGUGCUCCCAACAGAAAUGUAGCAAUGAAUCAGCAUCAGUCAGCAGACUGGGGUCUCUCAAACUCAAAGGUGAACAGGAUGGAACAGACAAAUUCCUCUUCAUUACUGAGACCAGGACCAGAGUUCAGCACAUCCCUUCCCAGACCCACUGUAGGUGGCUCUAUGCCUGGGCUGCCUGUUCGCUCCAAUAGCCUGCCUGGGACACGACCAAUGCUGCAACAGCAAAUGGUUCACAUGAGGCCAAAUGAGAUCAACAUUGGCAUGGGAGGGAAUCCAUAUGGACAGCCAGGUCCAUCUAACCAGCCAGGAUCCUGGCCUGACAACAUGCUGUCCAUGGAGCAAGCAUCACGGGGUUCACAAACCAGACAAUUAGUCAGAAACUCCUUGGAUGACCUCUUAUGUCCAGCACCAAGUAUGGAAGGCCAAAAUGAUGAAAGGGCACUUUUGGAUCAGCUGCACACACUGCUGAGUAAUACAGAUGUCACAAGUCUGGAAGAAAUUGACAGAGCAUUAGGAAUUCCUGACCUUGUAAACCAAGGACAAGCUUUGGAGCCCAAGCAAGAUUCAUUUCAAGCUCAGGAAUCUUCAGUCAUGAUUGAUCAGAAGGCGCCGCUCUAUGGUCAGCCCUAUCAAGGGCAAGGGGCAGCAAUGCCAGGUGGUUUUAGUAAUAUCCAGGGACAACAGCCAUCCUUCAAUUCAGUGAUGAAUCAGUUGAGCCAACAGAGCAAUUUUCCACUUCAAAGUAUGCAUCCGAGAGCAAACGUGAUGAGGCCUCGCACCAACACGCCAAAGCAGCUCCGCAUGCAGCUCCAGCAGCGGCUCCAGGGGCAGCAGUUUAUGAAUCAGACACGCCAAACGCUUGAAAUGAAAAUGGAGAAUGCAGUCAGUGGCAAUAGCUCAGUGAUGAGACCAGUUAUGCAGCCACAGGUGGGAUCACAGCAGCAAGGUUUUCUUAAUGCUCAAAUGGUGGCUCAGCGUAACAGGGAGCUAAUAAGUCAUCAUUUUAGACAACAGAGGAUGGCAAUGAUGAUGCAGCAGCAACAGCAACCUCAGGCCUUCAGUCCACCACCAAAUGUGACUGCCUCAGGAACCAUGGAUAGUGCUUUGACAGGCCCUCCAAUGGCUCAAGUUCCUCCACAGCAAUUCCCCUAUCCACCUAAUUAUGGAAUAAGCCAACAACCUGACCCCACAUUUAGCAGAGUAUCAAGCCCUCCCAACCCAAUGAUGUCAUCAAGAAUUGCACCUUCCCAGAAUCCUAUGAUGCAGCAUCCUCAAACUGCAACGAUGUACCAGUCCCCUGAGAUGAAGGGCUGGCCCUCAGGAAGCAUGGCCAGGAGCAGUUCUUUCCCCCAGCAGCAGUUCAGCCACCAAGGCAACCCUGCAGCCUACAGCAUGAUGCACAUGAAUGGCAACAGUGGCCACAUUGGACAGAUGAAUAUCAAUACCAUGCCCAUGUCAGGGAUGCCUAUGGCUCCAGACCAGAAGUACUGCUGACAGCUGGCGCCACGUCUGCAGGCUAACUGUGCACUAGUACUCUGAAGGAAAGCUGCGCGCUCCUCACGGCACCUACAACUGGCCUUACGGAAACAAGGGAUUUGUCCUGUCACUCACCAUGAUGUCCUAAGUUACUUCAUUGAGUGGGGAAAAACACCCACCAAAAUCACACUUUAGUAGGAGCAGUCUCUGUAUUACUCUAUAUUGUGGGCAUAAAUAUUUCUGACGGUCUGCCUCUAGAGAUGUGAAUUUGGCAAUGGCGUUGUAGCAGAUACAUCAUGGGUAGACUCCUGGUUCCCUUAUCUAUUUACUGUGGUUAUCCAAAGCCCUUUCACUUCAGGCAGAGAGAAGUGCCUGGAUAAGUCACGGUGGUAAGUUUCUGAUUUCUCUAGUGACAAUAUCUGACAGAGAAUGUAGUUCCUAGCCUUGACUCUUUUAGAUGAAUUCCUGAAUAUAAAUGCUGCUUUUAAUCUCACGCCGCCGAGAGUCAGGAUUUCCCCAGCAAAGCGGCAGUGCAAAUGGAAUUGGCACAUAACAGUCCAAAAUGCUGUCUGUUGAAGCAAAGGGGGAAAAGGAGAGGACAAUACAUUUAAAUUAUUUAAACACGAGUGUGACUAAUAUUUACAUGUUGAUGUGCAGCUGAGUGCACUUUAUGAAAGACUAUAUAAUGGAUUAAUGCAAUAUCUUCGGUAAGGACUUCAUCUGAAGGUAGGGUGUGCUCGCUUUUCUUCUCAAACAAUCUCUUAGGAAGUGUUUGCAAGGACUGCAUAGUGUAAUGUCUUCUGUCUGUGGAAAUUAGAGCAAUAAUCUUUCAUCUUUUGAGAAAUACCUUCAGAAAACUCAAGGCAAGGCACUGCAGUCUGAAUCAGAACUUUGCAGUCAUUUUGUGAAUACCUUUUGUAAAUAGAAUCUUUAAGAUAAUGUAUUAUAUACAUAUGACUUUUGUAGGUCACUAACUCAUUUUUGCAGAGUUUGUGAAGCUAAAUAUUUAACAAAGUUGAUUUCUGUAAACUCAAAGUAGUUGAGGUCCAAAUAGAAUUUUUUUUUUUUUGGGUUGUUUUUAAUGAAUGACUUUGAAGCUGGGUGACUUUGGCCCACAUCUUUGUGUUCUUUGGUCUUCAACACCUCACUUAUUUUUUACAUCUUUAACAUGUAGCUUUUUAUAAAAGACAGUUGUUAAAUGCUUUCUUCUCCACCUGUGAGCACUUUGUUACCUUUCUUUUUUUACACGAGGCAAUGGGACAAAAAGGCUCUGUGUUGUAAGAUGUUAGGUCAUGUCUCUCUACGAUAUGUUGCCUUUUUAAGUUGGUGAAUCUGGAUUGUGUCUUCUUUUGGUCAGUUUUAACAAACUCUGCGUGUUCUUCAAAGAAGUUUGUCUGUUGCAAAAUAUUUGUUGUUACAUGGCAUCUGAAAUUUUUUCUAAGGAUAUUAAGCCACACUUUAACCAAAUGUCUGCACCUCAUUGGAUUGUUCUCAUAGUAAUGAAUGUAUUUUCUAAGCAGGUUACUCUCAUAUCAGUAUUUAAGUCUUGUUACAAAUUUAUUGCUUUUAUUUGCUGAUAGGGCUUUGGUUCCUUGAAAUUAACAUCCCUUCUGCAGUUCCUCCAGUUUCAGGCAGUUACACUGAGUCAAACCUCUAAACUUCCAUAAGGGAUGACACAGAAAUGUUUCAGAUGUGUGGUGCUUUUAUUCUCUUGUUCACUGUGUAAUGGAAAAAUGACUUCUCCCAAGUGAGUAAACAAAGAAUCAUCUGUGGUCUUGAGUGCUUCUUCUUGGUACUGUAAGCAAGAGGUGGUUUUAUUGUCCAGAACGUUCAGUGAUCUUCCAUUUUAAUAGAACUAAUUUUAACUAGAACUGUUCUCAGAAAAGUUCAUCCUUAGCAUCCAGCCAGUUGUGUUCCAAAGGGAAUGUAGAUUUAGUUGAUCUACUUUAUGCAACCCUGUCCCUGCUUUAGCACUUUGUCUAGGUUAGGUGGCAGUGGUUGUUUGAAACCUUCAGUCCAACUGGUGUUUUUUAAUGCAAAGCUUUUAAAAGCCCAAGGAACUUCGAUCUUCUUUUUUGUUCCUUAGGACAUACCUGUUGGGAGUAAGUACUGCCUGCUGAAGUCGACAGGCACCAAUCUCUUGCUCUUUAUAUAAAAUCUGAGCAGAACAAUCUUUACAUUAUGUAGUUGUUCAUUGAUAUUGAUGGCUGGAAACUACAAACAUGGAUUACUUUCAUUAGGUGAGCUCUUAGACUGUAUCUUGCUUUAGACAUCCUGCCCUUUUGUUUUAAAAUUAGUGAUUCUAUUUAUACAUCUCUGUAAAACUGGUACCUGGCUGAUGUUAUAAACGAUCAUCAUUUUCUCAUCUGUGUUUAGAAUGUUGGAGCUUUCCAGUAUCUACUUUUUUUUUGCUGAAUCCAAAGACUUUCAGUUGAAGCUGAAGGGGAGCAGUGGGGUGUUUUUAAAAUGGCAUCUUUCUGGGCAGCGCUGCUCCGCUCCUAAAUGCUACAUCUGGUCUGCAGACCUCACCUACCGCAGUGAGUAACACCGACCUUGAAAUCCUUGACAUUUAGUAUCUCCACCAAUUCUUUUGGUCCUACAGCAGCAGUUUCUCCUGACUGGUUUGGAAAAACAGGCUGUGUAGCACUUUCCAGCAGUUAGAACCAGCAGCUGGUACAGCCACCUCUGCUCACUGCUGCACAACCAGCACCGUUCUGCUGCACGUCUGUUACUCUCUCGCUCACGGAAACCACAUUUUUUAUGUACAAUUCCUAGGUAGUAUUUUUUUUCCUUCUUUCAAUCUUGGCCUAAAAUAGUGCUUUUAAAAAAGUUAGAAAAUCAGGACCGCUUUUCAGGCACAAGACAAAACUAUUUGAAUGUUGUACCAAUUAGCACACAUUUUAUUUUAGACUUUCUGUGCAGGCUACCAGAUGACAGAAUGAUACAGCAAGUAUGGAACCGUGUAAUUCUGAGAGCAAUAUUGAAAAAACUUCUCAGGAGAAGGCAUACAGUAUUGAGAACUGCAUUUAAGUUUAGUUUACAUAAGUAUUGCUUGAAAUAUCUGUAUCUUUUGUUUUGCAAAACAGAAAAAUCAUGGGGGCUGAUUUAUAAAAAAGAGUUGGUUGUAAGGUAUUACUGCUCUGCUGAUUUUUGUGUUUGGAUGUUAAUAAUAAUGUAAAUAAAGGUUUCUAUUUAAAAUCA